AUCAUGUCUUCUUCUCUUAUCCUCAAGUUCGCUGUCAUUGUCGUCCUUUGUCUCAUUUCUGGCCUACUCGUUUCUAGCUCUGAUUCCGAUCAUAAUGGUCGAAAGGUUUAUAUUGUGUACAUGGGGAACAAGCUAGAGGAUACAGAUUCCGCUCCUUUCCAUCACAUGAGAAUAUUGGAAAAAGGCACCAGCAGCAAUUUCGCUCGAGAAUUCCUACUCCACAGCUACAAGAGAAGUUUUAAUGGAUUCGUGGCGAAGCUCACCAAAGAAGAAGCUCAAAAGAUUUCCGAAAUGGAGGAGGUUGUGUCUGUGUUUCCAAAUGGAAAGAAGCAUCUUCACACGACAAGAUCAUGGGAUUUCAUUGGUUUUACAAAGGAUGUUCCUCGUGUAAAUCAAAUCGAAAGCAACUUGGUGGUUGGAGUUUUUGACACAGGAAUAUGGCCAGAAAAUCCAAGCUUCAGUGAUGUUGGUUAUGGCCCUAUACCUGCUAAAUGGAAGGGCACUUGCCAAACCUCUGCCAAUUUCACUUGCAACAAUAAAAUAAUUGGAGCUCGAGCAUACCGCAGUGACAACAAUUUUCCUCCCGAAGACAUACAAAGUCCAAGAGAUUCCGACGGUCACGGGACACACACCGCAUCGACAGUGGUCGGUGGUCUUGUGAAUGAAGCAAGUCUCUAUGGUCUUGCACACGGCACAGCUAGAGGAGGGGUUCCCUCUGCACGCAUUGCUGUGUACAAGAUCUGUUGGUUCGAUGGGUGUGACGAUGCCGACAUUCUUGCAGCAUUCGACGAUUCAAUUGACGACGGUGUCAAUCUGAUAUCUCUUUCAGUCGGGCCAAGCCAAUCGUCUCCUUACAUUUUUGACCCAAUCGCCAUUGGAGCUUUCCACGCCAUGAAGAAUGGAAUAUUGACCUCAACCUCCGCUGGGAAUGAAGGCCCUAACUACUUCUCCGUCUCAAAUGUCGCUCCAUGGCUUCUUUCCAUGGCUGCAAGCACCAUUGAUAGAAAGUUGGUGUCCAAUGUGGAGCUUGGCAAUAGGAAUAUUUAUCAGGGAUACACAAUUAACACAUUUGAUCUGGAGGGAAAACAAUAUCCUCUAAUUUAUGCUAGAGAUGCACCCAAUAUUGCUGGAGGCUUCACUGGCUCGAUGUCUAGAUUUUGCUCUGCAAACUCAGUGAAUGGCAACCUUGUUAAAGGAAAAAUCCUUGUUUGUGAUUCCGUAUUGCCCCCUUCAAGAUUCGUUAAUUUCAGUGAUGCAGCCGGCGUUAUUAUGAACGACGGCAGGGCGAAGGAUAGUUCAGGAUCCUAUCCCUUGCCUUCUUCCUAUCUUACGACAGCAGACGGGAACAACAUCAAAACCUACAUGUCUUCAAAUGAAGCUCCAACUGCAACAAUUUUUAAGAGUAAUGCAAUUAAUGAUACAUCUGCUCCUUUAGUAGCUUCUUUUUCUUCUAGAGGACCCAAUCCCCAGACAUUCGACAUUCUCAAGCCGGAUUUGACAGCCCCAGGAGUUCAAAUCUUGGCCGCAUGGCCUCCCAAUGCACCGGUCUCUAGCGGAGUAAUAGAUUCGAGGAAAACAGUGUAUAAUAUAAUCUCAGGAACAUCAAUGUCUUGCCCGCAUGCCACUGCAGCCGCUGUGUACGUUAAAACAUUCCAUCCCACUUGGUCUCCUGCUGCAAUCAAGUCAGCUCUCAUGACUACCGCUACUCCCUUGAAUGCUGAACUCAAUGUGCAAGCAGAAUUCGCAUAUGGUUCAGGCCAGAUCAACCCAGUAAAAGCGAUAAAUCCAGGGUUGGUUUAUGAUGCCAGUGAAAGCGACUACGUGAAGUUCUUGUGUGGUCAAGGUUACACCACUUCCAUGGUCCAACGUUUCUCCAACGACAAAAAUACUGUUUGUAAUUCUACUAACAUGGGUAGAGUAUGGGAUCUAAACUAUCCCUCCUUUGUACUUUCUUCCUCUCCUUUAAGACCCUUCAACCAAUACUUCACAAGAACUCUCACGAACGUUGGAUCAAACGCAUCGACAUAUACAUCUACGGUUCGUGGCACUCCACAGGGACUCACAAUAACAGUGAACCCUACCAGUUUGUCAUUCAAUAGCAUUGGACAAAAAGGAAAUUUUACUUUAACUAUCAGGGGAACUGUUAGACCAUCCAUGGCCUCUGCUUCUUUGGUGUGGAGUGAUGGUUCUCACAAUGUGCGAAGCCCUAUUACAGUAUUUAAGGUUGCUUCAGCUUGAUUUAAUUUUGGAAGUUGGAACUUGUUUGAAGGAAGUCUUUACUUUUGGAGAAUAAAUUGGUCAUUUCUCUUUUGUGGUGCAAGAUGUGAACUUUAUUUUCUUUGUAAGUUUACUAUAUACAAUGGUUAUUACUGCAUGUACUCUUUCUCAUAUAUCAUGAGAGUGGAGAGCCAUAUAAGUACACUCAGGUUUGUACACAAUUAAUAUUUAAUAAUAUAUAUAUAUAUAUAUAAAAACUUAUUUUCUCAUC